AACAUGAAGUUGAUUGUAGCCUUCGCUCUGUUUUGCCUUGUGGCUGUAUACGCCAGGGAAACUGGUGACAGCAAGGACUUGGAAACAGCUGCGAGCGGCAAGUCUCAUCAUCACGAACAUGGCGGUGGUAAGGAACAUCACCAUCAUCAUCACCACCACCAUGACCACAAAGGCCAUAAAGGUCACAAAGGACAUCAUCACCAUCACAAAGGAGACCACGGUGAUCAUGGUAAACAUCACCAUGAAGGACAUCAUCACGAGCACGGUGGCCAUCACAAGAAACACUGGGACGAGCAUGACGAUCACGGUCAUCAUCAUGAACAUGGCCAUCAUCAUAAAGGUGAUAAACAUGGUCACCAUGAGCAUCACGACAAGGGCGAGGAAACCGAUGGAUACCACAAGAAAUACCAUAAGGACACCUUCCACAAGGAUCAUCACUUCUACGAUGGCCAUCACGAUGAGGGCAAGCAUCAUAAGCACGGUCAUCAUCACGGUCAUCAUCACAAACAUGAUGAACAUCACAAGAAGGGCGGUCAUCAUGAUCACGGCCAUCAUGAACAUCAUCACGGCAAGCACGGUCACCACGACAAGCAUCACCACGAUGAAGACCACCACGGUCAUAAGGGACAUCACGGUCAUGAAGAACAUCAUCACGGUCAUCAUGAUCAUGGCAAGAAGGGCGGCCAUCACGACCACAAAGAACAUGGCUACCAUCAUGGAAAGCAUUAGAGGAAUUCAAACUGUGAUAAUGUAAUUAUUAAGAAUGUUAUAAAGUUUAAAGAUAGGUACAAAUUUUGAUAAUAAAUUUCUUAAUAAAAUAAAUAA